UCACGUUGCGUGUGGAAUUUCGAAUUAUUGUGAAAAUAAGACAAAAAAGGUUGAAAUUUAGUGAAAUAUUUGCAGAACUGACAAAUUUCUGUUUAAAAUUAUAUAUUGUGUGAUUUGUGGUAUACUAAGAGUUUCCAAUUGAACCGUGGUUGGUGGGUUUACUGGUCCGGUAUUGCGGUCACAGCCGCGCAUCGUAUUGAACUCGGAGCAUUGAAAACUAGUUUGCUAGUGGCGUCAUGGACAAUCAUGUAACAAUGGAUAGACGUUUUACUUUGAAUAUGACGCAUUUGUCUAAUCCUAUCGCAGAAUCGACAUGUGUUAAUUUGAAUGGCACCGCAACGACUGGCGCCAUUGGUGAAAGGAGCAAUGCUGCUGUUCAAUUCCGCUGGGGAGGUAGCCCCAUAAGUCCAAAAAAUCGUAGCAAUUCAAUAACUUGUUUGAACAACAAUAGUGCGACGCAUAAAAGUAGAUCAACAGCGACGCAGCGUGCCAGAAUGAACCUCAGUAAAAUUGAUCCUAGAGUAUAUGCUGAUGUUCAGAGCCGUGGAUUGGUGUCCCGUAUCGUACAAUAUCAUGAAAAUGGCGCACGUUUAAAUCGCAGUAUGUCAGCAGGUAAUCUGUACAGCAAAUCUGGUCAAUCUUCUAUAGCGCAAUUGCAAAAAACUGAGUUACCCUAUAGAGCAACACAGCAAAAUGUAUCGAUAACACGAAUUGCACCACCAAAGAAAUCUGUUUUCUAUGGUAACACACUUUCAAGCUUAUUGCGUUCAAAUUCUGUGAUUAGCGUACAGAAGAGUGAUGAAGAGAUCUCAUGUGAAAAUCGACCUAUUUUGCAUCCGCCUCCAACGGAGAAUGAAUUGGCUCCAACUCGAAGUGUACUGGACGUUCUUAAGGAGAUCUCACGCAAACGCAUAAACAGUGAUGAUGCAGAUGGUAUCCAUGAUACGAAUAAGAAAUACUGCAACCAAGAUUGUAACGAUUCACCUUACGAACAGCCAGCACCUACGGGCGACCUGAUGAAAAUGGGUAUGCAUAGCGGUUUGGUCACUUCAACAAUGACUACUGCCGUGCAGAGUUAUAAAAGACAACGGGAGCAUAUAGUAGCCCCACAAGAGUACCCACUACACUAUACUCAGAACAGUGUAACAAGUGGGAAUACAGUUAAGAACACAAAUUCGCCAAAGCAAACGCAACGGUCGCCAGAGCAAACUGCAAAAAAGCGACUUUGUAGCUAUAAUAAUGAUAUUACUAGUUCACUUAGCUCAAGCCUCAUACAUGCAAACAAGCGCAAAUUUUAUGAACAGCAGCGCUCAUCGAUCCAGAACUCAUCACCAUCCAGGGUUGAAGAGUAUGAAACACAAAAAUCAAAGAUACAACGCCAACAAUGCGACUUACGUUUCCAACAGGUAGCAAAAAGUAUGAGCUGUACGCCAAUUGUGCCGGUAUCAACUAUACCGUUAUCUCAAAGCGACACCAUGAUGGUACCUUCGAAAUAUACAGAAAAAAUGUCUGAAAUAUCUGCGGAAACAACAGAUGUGCUCAAACGCACCGUUUCAGAACCCCCUCUGGUGUCUAGCAAAAUUUACAGUAAACCGAAAAUAACUCUUUUCAAUCGUAACUACAAUGAAUCUGGUAACUCCAAUCAAAUGAACGGUACUGGUGAAGCAGUUGUAGAAAACAGCACUAAUUUAGAUGAGGGUGAAUGCGCUGAUAUACAAUUCGUGAAACCGAAAAAGAGUUCUGCGAUAAUAAAUAAAAAGAAUCCAUUAAUUGAACGAACACAAAAAUCGAAAUUAGCAAUGAUGCUGAGUGGCUUGCGCGGGGAAAUUUAUCAGGGCGAGGAAGGUGACGAUGAAGUCGACAAACUAUUGAAUAAGAUGCCAGGUGAUGCUACAAAACAAAACAAACCUAUUGGUUCUAAGGAGAACACGGCUAGUAAAGUAUCUACUACAUCCAGUUCAACUGCAACCACAAGCACAACAACUACAGUUACUAAUUUUACAAUGAAAGCCCCAAAUAAAUCAGUAAUUACAUCACCAGAUGCAACAGUUUCUACAAAACUUGUGCCCAAUACCACUGUGAAGACAAUAAACUCACCGACUAGUUCAGCUACAGCAAGUAGCUCUACUUCAUCUCUUGCUACCAGCCCAACAAUGGCAUCUUCUACCCUUGGAGGUUUCAAAUUAACACCCUCGGCGAACACACAAAGCAGCGCAGCCACAACAAAUGUGUCACCAUCAACGUCAGUGGUUACCGCAAAGUCUACUUCGCCUUUGGUUGGCAUAAAAUUAACACCUCAAAAGGCUACACUCAACUUUGCUAAUACAAACAUAGCAGCGCCUACUUUUAAUUUCAACGCCACUUCUACAGCAACCACCGAAGGCACCAAAUCAGUUGCGGGCACAAUAGCAACUGGUAUUGGAGCUGUACCUCAACUUCAGGGAUUUUCAUUCGGCGCCCCAAUAAAGAGCACUACAUCUAGCGAUACUGCGACUAAUGCAACAUUAACAACUACUGCGCCGACGACAACUAGUGUAGUGAUGACAACAGCUACAAUUACAAAACCAGACAGCAUUGGUGGAUUUAAAUUUGGAGCAACAAAGAAUCCAGAGCUUUCAACAGGGGCACCCACAGUAACUGCUCCAACUGCAUUUGCCAGCUUUGCCGCAACUGUAGCAUCAACUUCAUCGCAAGGAAGCACAGAAGCACCCAAACAAAUAUUCACUUUCGGCACUGCUCCCACUAGCACACCCGCAGCGAUUGUGAAACCAACUUUCAAUUUUGGUGGCAGCGCAACGCCUGCAGUCACAACUACUGUUGCUUCCAAAACUUUCACUUUCGGUGCAGCCGCAAAUAUAACAACUGCCACUUCAGCCUCGGCUCCUCCGACGGCAGGCCAGGUGACAACAGCUGCUCCUCAAACUUUAAGUUUGUUUGGCGGAGGAGCGACGAAUAAUGCAUUUACAGCGCCGACGUCAUCGGCUACAAAGCCGAUUGCUUUUGGAGCGGCCUCUAUGACAACUCAAACGACUACUGCGGCUGCCACAAACGCUACGUUUUCUUUUGGUAGUGUUGCCACAGCUACAACCAAUUCAGGAACCCUUGCUGGAGCUGCAACCAAUCUUUUCUCUUUUGGUGGCCAAAAAACAACCACAGCAACCAGCACUGCAACGGCUACAAUCGCAACACCUUUCUCUUUUAGCGCCGGCACACAAAAGACUCCAACAACUGUAAACACAACAAACGCAAAUACCAAUAAGCCAGUCUUCAGUUUCGGUGGUGUUGGCGAGAGUGGUGUUAACCCACUUGGUGGUGCAACUAAGACAAACUCUUCAAGCGGAAAUCUGUUCGCAUUUGGUAGCGCUCCUGCAGCAAGCGACAGCAAGUUGUUUGGCAACAAUAGUGCAGGUACCAACAGCUUGCAAGCAGCGGCUCCCACAACAACUCAACCGGGCACUUUCACAUUUGGCGCAGUUGCGGGUCAAGGAGCAACUCCGGCAUUCGGUGCUAGUGUGACAUCUUCAACACCUACAUUUGGAGUAACUAGUGUAUCAUCUACAACGCCUUUCUCCUUCGUUGCCAACAAUGCCCAAAAAUCUACAUCAGCGCCUUCUGCAGGACCUACCACCACCGCUCCCGCAGGCGGUUUUAGUUUUGGAACAGCCACUACUGGUGCAGCCACCAGUAGCAACACAGCGUCCAGCAAUAUAUUCGGCUCUGCAACUGCGGCGCUACCCAAUCAGACAGCGCCCGCAUCCAAUACAGGCAUGGCAAAACCGGCAUUUAACUUUGGUGGUACCAGCACAAACAUUACUGAUGCCAGCAAAUCUAUAUUCGGUGGUGUCACGACAAACACGGGAAGCACCACCAGCGGUAACAACACCUUCAGUGCACUUGCAGCCGCCAGUAGCAAUCAAACUAAUAAAUCAUUUAAUUUUGGCGCCAGCACGGCCAUAAGCAACAACGCUGCACCUAAUCCCUUUGCCGCUGCAACAAGUAAACCGGCAGCCGGUGGUUUCUCAUUCUCUGCCACUACAGCGGCGAAUAAGGCUGUAGUUUCACCUCCAACAUUGGCAUCCAAUGCCACACAGUUUGCAUUCGGAGGUACUGCUAACUCCGGUCCAGCUGCGUCCACCAGCGCCGCUCCAUUUAGUUUCGGUAGCACUAAUAGUGAUGCAACAGCUAACAAAACAUUCACGUUCGGCAGUAGCGGCAAUAUUCCUGCUGCACUUGGUGCGAACGCAAGUAGUAUAUUUGGAGGAGCUGCACAAGGUGUUGGUAACUCACAACAAACUCCUGCGCCUGCAUUUAGUUUUUCAGCUGGCACUUCAACUGCUGCUACGUCAGCAGCAGGCGCUGCACCUUCUGCUGUUGCAAAUAUAUUUGCAGCACCUGGGGGCAUUAGCAGUGGUGCUGCGGAACGUCCGAUACGUCGUGCGACCCGUCGUCUGCAGAAAACUUAAACAAUUGCAAGGACAACUUCGAUUUCGUAUGUAAAUGACAAAAGAAUAGGUAAAAAUAAAUAUUUUAUUAUAUCAUUAAUUUAUUUAAAUAUCGGAACAAUACAUUUUUCUUUGACAAAUUUACAUUUGUUGUUACUCGACUACGGUACAUAAGUUAAAAAUAAAAGGAUACACGUAUUUUUGUUACAGGAAGCUAGUUUAGACAAAAUGGAAACAAUUGCAAACCUCAAAUAAACUCAAUAAAGGCGAUUAUAUAUAUGUAUGCAACCUAAA